CAUCUGACCUUCAACUUUACUGUUCGCCAAAAGGGAACUCUUCUGCUACCAUUCGCUUAAUGGCCAUGUUCAAGGAUCAUCGGCCACUCUCUGCAGCAACGAAGAGGAUUCCAUAGUACUCAUCAGAUUCACCUCAACGAAACGGUAACUCGUUGAAUGUUCCUAAGAUGGCAAGCCUCGUGAUAGAGAGAACGAAGUUCAUGCCUUUGCUGAUGGCUUUAAGUAUACUAUUAGGAGUUACUUUGCCAUAUAUUUUUACGAUUGUUAAGGAUAAAUUACGGAUGUUUCUUCCAUAUAUUAGUCAUGCUGCAGCUUUCCCGCCACAGUCAGCUUUCAUUAGUAUCUUCACAGCCAUUGGUACAUUUUUUGCCGUGCCAACAUUCUUCCUUCGGUUUGCCGCCGUUGACCAGAAGCGUAAUCGACUGGAACCCAGGAAGAUUCGAAUUUUGAACAUUGUUGCUGUAGUUAUUGGGUGCCUGGCCAUAAUAACUAUGCUAUUAAGUAGUUAUUAUCCUGUAGGUUAUGUGACUCACGAAAAAAAAGACUGGAUAAUAUCUGUUGUAGUGCCUCAUUUCACUUGUACAGCUUUGCUUGUAACACUGUUCACAGUCUACACAUUAAUCCAGGCUUAUCUCACUUACGUUCAACGGAAGAGAACAACCAAAAAUGUCUUCAUUCAUGCAACUCUUGCCAUGUGUGUUGUCAUAACUAAUUGGACGUCAUGCCUUCCGUUUUAUGCGGCGAUGAAAGAAAUGAGUCCAAGGAUUGUUGAUGCUGAAACCGGAGAAAUUUCUCUGGAAUCAAAAGAAUAUAGUUUUUACUACAUCAUCAGUUCUUUAUCAGAAUGGGCAUUCACUUUCUUCAGCAUCUUAUUCAUAGCAACAUUUUACAGAGAUUUCAAACAUAUGAAGCUCAAAGUCAAGGUACGUCCUCGUCAAAUCACAGAUAUCAAUCUGGACAGCGUUCAUGCCUCACAAUUCAAUGGGAAUGAUGAAAUAACGAAGAUGUAGAAAGAAAACUGAAGGAAUCCAAUGUUUUAAAAGAAAAAAGUGUAAAGAGGACCUGAAAAAUGAAUAUCCAAUUAAUUAUGCAUUUUUUUUCCGUCUUCCAGAGUGAUGAAAUAAACGGUUUCGUCAUUUCGCUAGUUUAUUAACUAGACUUAGAGAAAAGAAAAGUAAAUUCAAUUGAUUGUCUUGGCUUCAUAAGUACAACAAUUUUUACAGUAGUUAUUUAAAUAAGUUGUUUUAAUUUUAGAAAAAGUUGAUAAUUGUUUUUAUGUUAAUUAAUGUCAUUAUUUAUAUGUAUUUUUUGUUUUUUAGUAAUACUAUAGUUAGUAAGUUGAAUGUUUGGUGAUGAAAUUGGCACUAUUUUGCGUCCUUCGUUAAUAACGUAUAAUUAUGUGGGCUUGCUGCAUUUAUUGCUUUCAAAUAAAAUUUGUUUUUUUGUGGA